AUGUCACACGAAGGAGAAGAAGAAUUAUUGGAGUACUCCGAGCCAGAAGAUAACAUUGCUCCAACCACCGAGGCCAAGGAGGAUGAUAAGAAGGGGUCGUAUGUUGGUAUCCAUUCCACCGGUUUCAAGGAUUUCCUUCUCAAGCCGGAGCUCAUGAGAGCAAUCGUUGAUUGUGGUUUCGAACAUCCAUCUGAAGACGAGGAGACACAGUAUACGGGAAUGAGAAAAGGACAAAGGAAACUGGACAACGAACAAAGUGCGUUUGAAUCCCAGAGAGCAAUGGCGGGAGAACAACAACACUAUACAAACCGAAUCAUUUGA